AUGCGGAACCCUGUCGUACUCCUAACACUACUCGUGUCGGCCGGAGCAUUUCCAACAAAAGAUAUCCCAGAAUUAAACGCAUUAGAGAAACCUGACAUCGAACACAUAGAAAAGGAUAUUCGCACAGUAUCAUACAUUCAAAACUUCAAAACGAUAAUGUCUGAUUAUGUUAAAAUGCAAUAUAACAAUCUAACAGUAACAGAUAUGGAAGUGGUGAAGGAAACAUUGGAUAUGUUCUUGCAAAAUUUCGCCGAAGAUUUGCACAAUGUUAUUGUCAAGGGAGAGAAAGAGAUAGUUGAAGAAAUAAACGAUGGUAUACCAAACUCAACGUUUGAUGACGUAAAGAAAUGUAUCAAGAACGAACUGCCGGAUGUCAAUGAAGAGAUGGCUGAUCAGGUAGUAUAUAAAUUGAGGAAGAAUCUUUUGAAAACAAGAAAUAUUUUAGAUGGUGUUAUUAGAAAAUCAAAAGUGGACGAUGGAUUUAAUUCAGGUUCUUAA